CUCCACUUUUAAUGGAGGAAAAUACACGAAACUGAACUGGAGAUGUUUUAAAGAAUUUUAAAAGUGAAAGUAGAAUAUUUACUUCAUGACGUGUCCAUGUUUACCACAAGUUAAUUGAGAACUAGAUGCUGACAAGUAUUAAUUAAUUAUUUUAUAUGAAAAAUGGGUCGUCCCAAAAGAAAGACUGCUACAACAGUAAGGGCAUCUAAAAAGGAGUAUGAGUAUAAUGAGUUCUCAGACAUGGAUGGGGAGGAUUUACAUAAACCAAACUCAAAAGGGGAUCCAAUAGACAAACCAGACAAUGGAGAUAAAUGGGAACCUGAUUAUGAAGACGAUCUUUUUGAAGACAUUAACUAUGAAGUGAAUUAUGAAAUAAAAGAUGAGAAGGAGGACCCUUGCUAUGGCAGGAAACAGGAACUUCUUCGUGACUGUAAAUGUUUAACAGAAAGUGUCAGAAAGCCGUUGAACGUGGCUAUCAUUGGACCACCUGGAUGUGGUAAAUCUUCAUUCCUUAAUACUGUGUUUGCAAGUUUAAACAGUGAUCGCUGGUACGAAUAUGCCAAGUGUGGGUAUUUUGGAAACAAUGAAGAUGUCAUGGGAAUGCAAAUUACAAGACAUCUAAGAAGCUUCCCAAAGGAAGAGUACUACACACAGAAUGAUUGGUGUAGGUUACCCACAUUUAUAGACAUGACUGGAUUUGAAAACGACGAUUCAGUGAUAAAUGAAGAACUCUUAUAUCUUGUUUUCUGUGGUAAAGUGAAAGAAAAAGAGGUGUUGAAUGACAUUGUUGCAUUUGGAAGAUAUCAUGGAAUAACAACUAUGAGACAGGAGUACAGAAAUAGGUUUUCACACAGAAGAAUCGAUAGGAUCAUCAUUGUGUGUUCGUCAAAUCCAGAUUCUGCCAUGCCUUCUGCUUUGUUAAAGACCGUGGUGAAAGUAGCCAAUGAAUUAGACAUUACAUUUUAUGGUGUCAUGACUCAUGCUGAUAUAUUUCGAGCAAAAUAUGAUAAAAGAGUACAAAGCAGGGAGCAAUUGUUCAGGGAAACCCUUGGUUUGCCUAGAAAUAGAUUGGCAAGUGUAAUUAAUUACUGCCCAGAUGUCGAUCCUGAUCGAUCAUAUGAGGAUACUCUAUUACCAGCUCUUGAUGUACCUGUACUGAGGCUCAUGAGACAGAUAUUGACCCCUGAACCAGGUGAUUCAACGAUGAACUUUGGAGAUUAUGUAAAUGAAGUUAUCUAUUUCAUCAAGAACUUUUUCUUCAUAGGAUGUCUGCUUAUUGGCUGUCAAUAUUUCCUGGCAGUAGACUUUUCAGUGGUCAAGUCAAUCUUUUACAUACUUAUAAUGAUAUUGUUCAUUUUGUAUAUGUGUACAUAUUAUAUCAAAUUUAACAGACCUGUAAAUGCCACUGCGAGAUGAACAAUUUACAUGUAUUAACAUUUGAGCAUUGGCAUUUUCAAAACAUUAUCUUUUUUUUAUGUUUCCUGCUUUAUACAAUAUUUUGUUAAAGUAUACUGUCAGUGUGUUAACCCCAGAGUAUUGAUGUAGUCAAAUGUAAGUUGUCUUUAUGUGUUUAGUUUUUUUUAAACAUAUUUUGUUUAAGAAUACUAUUAGGGUGUUCUGUGUUUCCAAAAUACUUUGUUAAAGGAUACUAUCAGGGUGUUUACUGAUUUCAAAAUAUUUUGUUAAAGGUUACUUACCUGGGAGUAUAGAUAUUCCUAUUGUGUUAAGUUUAUAUUUAAAAAAAAAAAUUGGUUAAAGGAUGCUGUAUUAUUUAUCUAGUAUUAAUGUAAUCAAACAUAAAAUGUUUUUAUAUGUUGAGCUUUUAUACUAUAUUUUGUUUAAAGAUUCUGUAAGUGUGUUUUCCCAAGAGUAUUGAUGUUGUCAAACAUAAGAAGUUUUUUAUGUGUUAUGUGUUUUUGAAAUGUUUUGUUUAAGAAAAUUGUAAGAGUGUUUACCUUGGAGUAAUAAUGUGUUCAGCUUUUUUAUUAUAUUAUCUUUAAGGAUACUGUAAGGGUAUUUACCUAGGAGUAUUGGUGUAGUCGUACAUAGAAUGUUCUUUAUAUGUUCUGCUUUUUGUAUAAUAUUUUUUUUCAAUAAUACUGUAAGAGCAUUAACCCUGGAAUAUUUAUGUAGCCAAACAUAGAAUGUUCUUUAUGUGUUUUGCUUUUUGUGCAAUAUUUUAUUCAAUAAUACUGUAAGAGCAUUUACCCUGGAAUAUUUAUGUAGUCAAACAUAGAAUGUUCUUUAUGUGUUUUGCUUUUUGCGCAAUAUUUUAUUCAAUAAUACUGUAGGGGCAAUAAUCCUUGAAGUUUUGUGUAGUCAAACAUAAACAAUCUUUUUACGUUUAUUAUUUUUACAGUUUUUUUUUAAGAAAUACUGCAAGGGAAAUUAAUUUUGAGUAUUGAUGUUGUCAAAUAUGGACACUAUUUUUGGUUCAGUUUUUUUGACAAUAUUUUAUUAAAUAAUACUGUAAAGGAAUUUAUUUAUGUAGUCAAACAUAAGCAUUCUUUUUGUGUUUAGUAUUUUUUACAUUUGUUAGUUCCCAGUACUUUAGGGUACUGUCAUUUACCAUGGAGUAUUGAUGUGGUCAAACAUUAACCUUUUUCAUGGGUUGAUAUUUUUAGCUCACCAGAGCAAAGUCCAGUAUGAGCUUUUGCUAUCACUUUGCAUACGUUAUUAGUGUCCAUCAUUCUUAAACUUCUAAAAAGAUAACUCCCUUUGAAAAUAUUGAACUAAUUUAAAUAAAACUUCAUAUGAUUAAUUUUUCUGUCACUUUGUUUAAGUUUGUAAGUUUUAUUUUGGUGCAUCAGUCUACAUGGACACCAUGUAUGGGUUAAUAAAUUAUAAGGGUUGAAUUCAGGUGAUUGACUAAUAUGUUGAAAACCAUAUUAAUACAGAAAACUCUACAAGGGGACGACAAUUCUCAUAAUGUCAAAAUGCAUACAGUCUUUCUUUUUUUUUCACAAAAUGAGAUACUUUUUACAGGAAUGAUGGCCAUUAAAUGACUGAUUUUUGGUAAAUUUUAGCAUUUUUUACCUGGAUUACUAUUGUAGAUAAAAAACUGACUCCAUAAAUGAAUGCUUUAUAGGUUACUGCCCAUGCAUGAUGAAUUUUGACUCAUUAUUGCCUUUUAUCAAGCAUGAAAACUAUAACAGAUAGACAGAAACUGUAAACAGCAACUAUGAAAAGCAAUAAAAGAUCUACAAAAAUGCUGAUAUCACUGACACCACUGAAGUAUGUGCCCAGGCAUGAUUAUUGUUGUUAUUAUGCUUGCAAACUAUACUAUAUAUAAACAGCAAAUAUCAUUAGCAAUAGAAGAUCUACAAACAGAUAUAUCUGACAGCAGUGACCAUAAAUGAACGCUUUAUAGGAUUUACUGUCCAUGCAUGACGAAUGUUGACUCAUUAUUGCCGAUUAUCAUGCAUGAAAACUAUGAUAGAUAGACAAAAACUGUCAACAGUAAAUGUGACAAGCAAUAGAAGAUCUACAAAAAUUUUCAGAUAUGACUGACACCUAUGGAGAUACUGGUCAGGCAUGAUUAUUGCUGUUAACAAGCAUGUAUACUAUGAUAGAUAGAUACAAAAUUGUAAACAGAAAAUUGAUGAGAAAUAGAAGAUCUAUAAAAAAGCAGAUAUGACUGACACCAUAAAUGGAUUACUUAUAGGAGUUAUUAUCACACAUGAAUGCUUUAAAAGAUAGACAGAAACUAUAAACAGCAAAAACAAUAUGAGAAAUACAAGAUCUACAAAAAUGCCAAUAUAAUGAUUGUUUGAAUUUGAUUGUUGCUUGCUUAACACCCAGUUGUAAUUAUUUCAUGCCCUAUUCAAGAAAACUAAUUUGAAACUUUCAGUAAAUUUUUAUGGUAGUUAUCAUGCUUUAUUUGAGACUUUUUCCCAUUUCUAAGUGUUUCUGCUAUUCAUUUUGAAAACUGUAAUAGAUUGAUAUCACAUAAUAAUAGUUAAGGGGGAGGUGGAGUUAAAUUUUUAAAAUCUUUCUUUUUAUCUGAUGUAUAUUAGGUGAAUAUCAUUUCGGCAUAUAUUUUUCCAGAUUAGCAUUAGGAUCAGGCUCGUUUUAGCCUCCACUUAUUACAAUAUUUUGUUGAAUGAAUCCUGUUUAUGAAAAAAAAAAAAAAAAGAAUCACCCUGUCCGUCCGUCUGGUUGGUGUAUAAGUGGUUAUAACCAGAAUUUAUCUAAUGAAAUACGAUGGUGUAAUUUUGUAUUUUUUUAAAUGAUUAUCGGUUAAUUAGAUUAACUAUUAUAUACUUUUAUUUUGGCAUUUUUUUUAGUUUUAGUCCACCUUUUUUGUUAAUAAGGCUUUUUAUAGUCUCAUUGAUAAAACCAUGAUUUAUAAAUGGCUAUAAUUAGAGCUAUGUUUUCUUUUUAAUUACAAUACUAUUCCAUACUGUUAAUUGUGAUCAAAGCAGUCAGUCUCUGUUUAUUUUCUGAAAUUUUUAGAUGAGGUAGAAUUUUAUAAAUUACUCGACAUACAUGUACUGAAAUGAUGAAAAAUAGGAAGGUAAAUGCCAAUUGUUGGCAUAAGGACAGUUUUUUCAUUGAGUUUUAAGUUGAAUAUAAUAAAAUUUGGAUUUGUUA